AUGCGCCUCGCCGCCCAUUUCUCCUCCCCUACCAUCCUCCCCGCCACAGCCAAUGGGAAUCCACCAAGUGGCAUCCCAUCUGGAGGAGCAGGGGCAGUACCAAAUGCAGCUGGUGGGGGCGUGAGCGGUGUUCAGGACAGAGCAGGGGCGUUCGGGGCAGGUAUACCUGGGGGAGCCGUUGAUUUCGGGAUCAUCAAAGUGGAAGAGCAUCCAACGGGCCUGGUGCAUCUGGGGGGGCAGUACCUGGAGCAGGUGGCAUCUAUGAUGGGCCUCUCCCUGUCAUUCCACGGGAUAGGAACCACCCCACUCGACUUCCACCCAUCACAAGUGGAGGUGGAUGAAGGCGAGGAGGUAGUGGUGCUGGCCAAUUGGAGUCUCAUGGUCUUCCCAGACGACUCUGUCCUUCGCUCCAACCCCCGCAAUGCGAUUCUAAAGUGGAUUCGCGACCUGCGGCCACUCCUUUUACUCCAGGUUGACAUCGAUCUGGAUGCCAAUGGGCCCUUCUUUCUCUCGUGCUUCCACGCCGCCUUUGCCAAUUUUGCAGCGUCCAUCGAGUCCUUCGAUGCCUCCAUGCCACACUCCGCCAUGCCACGGUUCACAGCGGAAACCAUUCUGGCACGGGAUUUGAUGAACGGGGUGGCAUGUGAGGGCAUGAACAGGUGGAUGCGCUCUGAACGGCUUGAGAAAUGGGUGGAUCGGAUGAGGACGGUGGGGCUGGAGCCGGUACCUUUAGGGCCGGAUACAGUGGCCGCUGGGAAGGCAAUCACAGAGGGGAAGGAUGGGCGGUUCCGGCUGGAAGUGCAUGGAGAGACGGGCGCUCUUCAGCUCAGCUGGCGCGGCGUGCCCUUGAUCUUCCCCGGGAUCGAUUCGAACGUCGCUCUAAUCGGCAAGGUGGCGGGCAAUGGCAACAACAGCAUAGCAAGAAAGACUGGGAUAAUGAAACCAGGGUUUUCAUGGUCUUCGCUGUCAUCCCAUGACGGAGUCGCAUAA